GGUGCGCGCCUCGCGCCUCCCGCUCCGGCGCUCCGCGGCCAGCCUGUGUCUGCAGAGCAGGGGCGGGGGCCCGGCGCACGGGCCGGGGCCGGGACCGCGGCCGCCGCGGGGUGGGGGACGGUCACCCAGCGCGGACGGCGCGUCAGCGCGAGAGCCGGGCGGGAAGGCGAAGGACCGCGGCCACCCGACAGCGCGUCCCAGGAGCUGACAGCUGCCUGACGGAAAGCUCACCCAGGGAGAGAAGAGACAAAAAAUCAAGUGUGGAAUCGGGAAUAAUGUUUUCAGAAUAGACCUAAGAGGUGGGACCCACACUGCCAUCUCAGUUUCUGCAUCCCAAGUUUGAGGUAUUGAUUUCUGACUUUUGAAGAUGGAUGAAGGCUCAGAAGUUUCCACUGAUGGAAAUUCCCUGAUCAAAGCAGUCCAUCAGAGCCGGCUUCGCCUCACAAGACUGUUGCUAGAAGGUGGUGCCUACAUCAACGAGAGCAACGACCGUGGGGAAACACCUUUAAUGAUUGCUUGUAAGACCAAACACGUCGGCCAGCAGAGUGUUGGGAGAGCCAAGAUGGUUAAAUACCUGCUGGAGAACAGUGCUGACCCCAACAUACAGGACAAAUCCGGGAAAAGCGCGCUGAUGCACGCGUGCUUAGAAAGAGCUGGCCCCGAGGUGGUGUCCUUGCUCCUCAGGAGCGGGGCGGACCUCAGCCUGCAGGACCACGCGGGUUACUCAGCUCUGGUUUAUGCUAUAAAUGCAGAAGACAGAGAUACACUCAAAGUGCUCCUGAGUGCGUGCCAGGCGAAAGGGAAAGAGGUCAUCAUCAUAACAACAGCAAAGUCGCCCUCUGGGAGGCACACCACGCAGCAGUACCUCAACGUGCCUCCUGCAGACAUGGAUGAGAGCCAUCCGCCGGCCACGCCUUCAGAAAUUGACAUCAGAACAGCCUCGUUGCCGCUCUCUUACUCUUCUGAGACGGACCUGACACUUUUUGGCUUUAAAGAUAAGGAGUUGUCUGGAAGCAGUGAUAACGCCUGGGACCUGGACUCUCCUCGGAGGAAGCCUGGGAUGGCCACUAACGGGCCCAAGCUAUCCCAGUCUCCAGCCUGGAUCAAGAGUCCACCGUCAUUAAAGCACCAGGCCAGAGUGGCCUCCUUGCAAGAGGAGCUCCAAGACAUCACUCCAGAGGAAGAAGUGGCCUACAAAACCAACACGCUGGCGCCGUCUAAGCGCUUCAUCACUAGGCACCAGAGCAUUGAUGUAAAAGAUACUGCACACUUGCUCAGGGCCUUUGACCAGGUCAACUCAAGGAAGAUGUCAUAUGAUGAAAUAAAUUAUCAUUCUUUGCUUCCAGAAGGAAGCCAGGCAUGCAUGGAAAUUCCCACUGAUCAGGACCCAGACUCUAGUCAGAUCUUUGCUUCCACUUUAAAAAGUAUAGUUCAAAAGCGAAACUCGGGGGCCAAUCAUUACAGCUCUGAUUCCCAGCUCUCUGAGGGCGUUACCCCUCCGACCUUAGAAGACGGCAAAGCUGCAAGGAAAAAGAUCUUCGCGCCAUCACCUUCUUUGCCUUCAGGGUCCAAAGAAUUAGUGGAGACUGUCCCUCCAGGCCCCCUGAGCAGGAGGAAUCAUGCGGUGUUGGAAAGGCGCGGCUCCGGCGCUUUCCCUGUAGAUCACAGUGUGGUGCAGAGCAGACCCGGGUUUCUGCCUCCCUUACAUGUAAAUCCUCACCCUCCCAUCACAGACGUCAGCACCAACAGCAAGAUCUGCAGCUUGCUAUCCUGCGGCCAAAAAGUGAUGCCGACGGUCCCUGUUUUCCCGAAAGAAUUCAAAAGCAAAAAGAUGCUGUUAAGGAGGCAGUCGCUGCAGACGGAGCAAAUUAAGCAAUUAGUCAAUUUCUAAGAGACAAUUAGAAAACACAUUAUGUUCAAAUGUCUGUAUCAGAAAAACAUAGAGAAGAAAUCUUAACUGUAUCCUUUUAUGUCUUAGCUAAUGCAUCAAGGCUAGGCAGAUCAAAAUAUAGCCUAUUUUGUAUUAGGUACUGUGAGCACACCUCAAUAUAUAGCUUCUAGUGGAAUUCUAACAAAAUGAAAGCUGAUUUUUUCAAAAUGUCCAAUAUCAGCUUUCAUGUGGUUCAAGUUUUCCAUCUGAACAAAAAGUCUCCAAGAAAGAAAGAUGCCUAUGUUAGAAAUGGUUCUUAAAGUUUUAGAUUGGCUUCAUGUUCUGUCAUGAAACAAUGUUCUCAAGUCAGUAAUUUUGUCAACACUUUAUGUCAACAAGAUUGUAAUUUUCCAUGUUGCCAAAAUCCUUAGAGAAAACACUGACAUCAAUAAAGCUAAACUACAAAGGAAGAAUAAGCAGAUUCUUUAAAAAUGUUGACUCCAGAAGGUAAAAGUCUGAUUUAGAAACUUUUAAACAUGAAAAGCUAGUUAGAAGGAGCAACCACUGUUCAUAAUGGGUACGAAAUCUACAUCAAAAUGGCAGAUGAGGGCUGAGGUGGCUCACUGACCAUGUAAGCCACCUGAGUUUGGAUUACCAGAAUCCGUGUGGCAACUAGACCCAGUAGUGCAAGAACCUAUAACCCCAGCAUUCCCUGUGCAGAAAAAGGAGGAGCAGGGCCAGGAGAAUCCCCAGCAUUCCCUGUGGGGAGAUGAGAGGCGGGCCCAGAAGUUCCGGGCUCAGCCUGUCUAUACUGAGGUGAAGAGACCCUGUCUUAGACAAGGGGACAAUGGAUGAUAAAUGCCGAAGGCUGUCCUCUGGCAGCCAGACUCCCCACCCUCCACCUGCAAGGGCAGGCCAGCAAACCAUAUGCCAGGUCCUUUUGUUUUUGCACCGUGUGUUGCUUUCAAACAAACUUACCAAUCAUGUUGUCUUAUGGAAGUUAUUCCUCUUCUUCUUUUUGAAUAUUUAAUCCAUAGGUUUCCAAUAUCAGAAUAAUAUAAAAAUUAGAAAGGAUUUACCUUGACUUAUUAUUAUUGUUGACUUUCCAGAAAGAGACACCCAAAAUCGGGAAAGGGGACAAAAGUUUGGUAUUGGACACAAAUGGAAACGAAAUGCUUGCUUCAUCUUAAAAAAGAAAAACUGAUUAAUAGGUUAUAGUUUAGCUUAGCUAAAAUUACAAAAACUGAGUAGAAACUUAAUCAUAAAAUAUUACUGGGUCACUACUAAGCAAUAUCUUUAUUUAUGAUAUAUAGUUAUUAGACAGUCAUAUAAAGAUAAUUAAGAUAGCAAGCAUCCUUGGUGUGACAGCUGAAUCAUCUAGUAUUUUAGAGUUUAUGAAUAACUUUUAACAAAGUAUAUAUUAUAAGAUAUUUUAAAAAAAAUGAUAAUGUUACCUACAUGACUUCAAAGCACGGUAUCCAAAGAAUUCUUCAGUCCAGUAGUUCUGAAGCAAAGACUAACUGAAACUCUAGAAAACUUAAGGGUGUGAGUCUAAUGAUGUCAUCUGCAGCUUUCUUUCUUUGCCCAACAGGUGGCACAAUGCCUUUCUUGGUAAUUUGAUAUGAGCAAUUUGAAAUGUACAUAGAAAUUAUUUAUUUGUGGCUUUUAUUUAAAAAAAAUGAUUUUCAGGUUUUCCAUUUAAUGUUUUGAAGAAAGUAUUAAUUACUUUAGAAAUAUUUUUAUUCAGAAAUUAAAAUUGUACUGAUGUUUACAAGUAGCUAAAUUCCUUUUGCAAGUUUUAAUAUCAUAAAAAGUACUCGACCUCACAUGGUAAGGACACAGUUUAGAAGGGUAUGUAAAUAGAGUAAGUCAUUAUCAAGAUGGUAUCA